ACUGUUUGUGCAUCUGAGUGUGGCUCCCGGAUCGCGAUCUGUGCAAGGAAUAAAAAGAGAGCUGACUUACAACCGUCCUUCGCCUCACGUAUGCAUCUCUUCCCUCAUCAACGGACUCGGCGGAGUCAAACUCCAACAAUAGAUAAUUCGGUUCUGCAUCGGUCGGAGUGCUGUGAGAGAACGACAGAUUAGUCCAGUUUGGGGGAUGAUUAGUCCAGUUUGGGGGAUGAUUAGUCCAGUUUGGGGGAUGAUUAGUCCGUCAGGUGUAUGGCAUAAACUGAAGGCGGCACAGCUGGUCUGAAUGAGGGUGAAGAGACUGAACAUGACGCUGCUCAUAAUCCACUGUGUGCAGGAUUCUCAUCGUGUGAUUAGCUUAAUGAAACAAAGAAGACUUAUAGGCUGAAUCUAUCAUGGGGGUAAGGUGGCUAGUUAAAACACGGUAAUCUAGUUGGUCGCCUACAUGAGUAUCGUGCGAAUAAGCUUAAAAGACGUUCAGUGGAAGAAACAUCCGGUAUGAUGAAUGGUUGCUCUGCUACAGCCAUGCAGCGAGGGAUCAUAGCAAAGACAGAAGAAGGAUUACAAGCACCUGGUCCGGAUUCUAAAGGUACAGAUGCUAGAAAUGAAACAGAAAUCCCCACCCAGUCAUACAAGACCAUGUGGAAUCACCUUAACAGCAAAUUGAGAAGACACCCAGUCAUAGGUCUUAGAGCUAUUGUGGAGUACCAUGAAGAUAACCAGGCUCCCUACAUGAUGUGUGAGUCUUGUGCAACACGGAUACCACAGGGAUUUAUUGUUGGGCACCUGAUCGGCGCAGAACAUCGGUACAAGUACAUUAAAUCUCUACAUCCUAAACUGAUCAAUGGCUGGAAGGAUGACCCCGAUUUCUCAGAGUAUCAGGAUGCUCUUGAGGAGAAGGCUAAAUACCUAGAGGUGAAAGAGGGGCUAGGGGACAUCCAGAUAAUGAAAAAAGGGAAGGCCGGUUUUGAGCUAGUGGUUCUGCCGUCUUCUGACAAAUACCAGAUGCAUGGGUGGGCAGGCCCAGAAACGUCUGUUAAAAAUCUACCAAUAAAAAAAGAGCAUGAAGCAGUCAUUGUGAAAGGGGAGCAUGUGGAGCAUCAUGUAAUCCAUCAGUUAUCAGCCUCACACACUGGGAGUGCUGACAGUCUCUUGGCAGAAGGCACUUGGUCCAAAUCGGGUCGAGGCAGACCGUCUCUCCGAUCAGCUUUCGCCUCCAAAUACCUGAGUGGCAAACAGACAAAAAGGAUUGUUGGUUUGAGAGCUGUGGUUGAAUGCCAAGCUGCUAAGGUGCCUCCUUUUUAUGUCUGCAACGUCUGCCGUGCCAGAUUCUCCUUCUCUGAGGUCUUCAGCCACGUUCAGAGCAGCUCUCACUGCUGCUCUUAUAUUAGAUCACAGUACCCUCACCUCAUGGAGAAAUUUGGAGUUGGGGUAAAACCCAUCAAGCCAGUUCUCCUUCGUUCCAUUGCCAAGGAGCUGUGUAGGACUGAGAGCAUGGGAGAUACUCUGGUGAUAAAGCUUGACCUACCCACCUACCAAAAGCUACAGAAAAUAUCUACCAGGAAAGCUAUGAAUAUACUGCAGUUUAUCUUGAAGAACCAAGAUUACCGCCAUGAUGCCGGGAACCCAAAGAAGACGGCAGACACACUUCAGGGGCAGAUGAAGGUGGAGGAAAGAGCUCUACCUGAAGCUACCCAAAGAGUACCAGGUCAAAGGACAUGCCCACCUGCAGGAGCCUGGGCUGAAAAUGUACAAACCAAAGAUCCACACAUGCCUGUAGUGGAGAAGACAUUACCAGGACCUGCAGAAGAUGUAAAGAUGGCCAGUGAUUCAGAGAGGGAAGCCUUUGGUCCAGGGGGCUGGGCAAUGCUAGCCCAGCAUCUUGGAAAAUUUGAUAUGAAGAAAUUUAUUACCAGAGAGGAGGUCAUCUCUAAACGUUUCAUCCUUCCAUCUCCUGUUGUGGACCUCCAGUUCCUCCGCAUAAAAAAGACUGGAGCUCCCAUGGAUGAGAGCCACCUGGCCAAGUUCAUGCUGCCCUUCCUGAGUGGGAAAGCCCACCCUGUCGUUGGGCUUGGAAAGAUCGUGGAGUGUCGCAGUUUUAAAGAGCCCACUUUCUACUUAUGCCUUAGCUGUUCCCUAAAGCUAGAAAAGGCCAACAUUUGUGGACACAUUGUUCACUGGCAUCACCAGUAUUGUUACAUGAGAUUGGAACAUCCCCAUCUCCUGAAAGGUUGUGAGGAGGGGUCUGGUGUGGUGAACACCACAUACCUGGUGAAGCUUGCGUAUGCUCUGAUGGGUACAGAGGGCAUGGGCCACACCCAGGUAAAAAAGCUGGAUAGGAACUUGUACCAGAAGGUGGCGCUAGCCUCCUUUGAAACUGUCCUGGAGAAGCUGAAGAUCCAGAGAGAACUCCAGCCCCAGAUGACCUCUAGACCAAGCCUGGUUGAGCCGCAGAUAUCAGUCCAGUGGCAGCAGUCAUCUAAAGUACCCAUCCCAGAUCCAGGAGGACCAAACAAGCCUCCAGAAUUAUCUGAAGCAGGUGGUGUGCAGCAAAAGGCUUUAUUAGGAAAGCAGAGGCUGCAGGAAGGUCUGUCUAGCUUAAAGGAGGACCCUGGCGUGCUGGGACUUCAUUUUGUGCUGGAGUGUCGCUGCGUGGAUGACGACUCCUGUCCGUACUACUACCUGUGUCAGACCUGCUCUCUCAGGCUGCAGGAGGAUCAGAUUGUGGAGCAUCUCCAUAGCUCACUUCACCAGUUCUAUUACAUUACCUCUCAUCGGCCCUGGCUACUAGAGGCAGUGAGAAGGACAUCAAACCAGUUUUUACUGGGUAUCAGUGAGCUGCUGAAAUUGGCCACCAUGAAGUUGAGGGAGACUGAGGGUUCUGGAGAUGUCCAGGUGAUGCUGCUACACAAGGCUACCUACAGCAAACUGGUCAUGGAGAGUUAUGAGUCUUGGAUGACAGUGAUAAUGGGGACAGCUAAGCAGAUUGACUCCUCCCAGGAAAAGGCCUGCAGUCACCAGGUAUAAAAUCCAGGUUUAAGUGCAAUAGCGGACCACUGGAUGAAGACCUGGAAGAUUUAUAAACGGAAGUCAACAUCUCAUCUUAGUGACUCAUUGUUUCAGAUUGACUUGUUUAAUUUAUUGUCAUCUAGCUGUAAUUGUAUAGUUAAACACAGUAACCAGAUGUGUAAAUUAAAGGAACUUUUAAUUCCAGAUUUUAUAUGGGUUUGUGGGUUUAAAUGUUCAGACAUUUUCAAGCUGUAUUUUUGAUGCUUAUUGUUCUAUCCAUCGUUCAACGAUAUCCUGGUGAGGGGUGCCGGGGGCCUUGAGCAGCAUAGAGUACAAGGCUGAUACAAGCACACAUUUAUGGUACAAGCAGGCAAAACAAGUACGGAUGUCAGACUGUUAGGACUGACCUCGUAUACCAUUUUCUUCAAAUCAAGGAAUUGCAUAUAUUUUAAACAGCUAACACACUCUCACUCGCUACACUUUCUCAAAUUCCUGGAUGGAUCAACUGGAAAAGUAAAGGACAAUAAAUGUGUUUUACCCUAGUUAUAACACUUAAUUCUGAAACUUUUACUUUAUUUUAUUUCACAUUCCAUGUACAAGCUAAUUUCCUAAUCUUUUGCCAAAAAUGAGGCGGGUAUUUCUUUGUGUAUCUUUUAAUGUCCAUGUGAUAACAUCUUGUUAUAUUCUUUAUAUGUCUCAUAUAUUCUUUAUGCAUGCAAGUCAUGUGCACAUUUUAGUUUAACAUUACCGUGAAUAAUAAAUCCAGCUCAUGAAAUCCUUCAAA